CAACUGGACCGGUGUCGGCCCAGCAGAACCCUUUUAGGCUUUGGCAACAAAAAGCCCUGGUGCCGGAGAGAGGGGAGGAAGCAAGUGGAGGCGCUUGCGAUGGCGACGCGGACGAAGUUGGUGGCGAAGCGGUCGAGCAAGUAUCUGGAGGAGGCGCUGUACAGGAGGCUCUUCCGGCAGGGGAGCUCGCCGGCGAGCGUCCGCCAGGAGCUCGACGAUUUCCUCAAGAGCCGCAAGCGCGUCUUCAAAUGGGAGGUCGGUGUCUCCAUCCGCAAGCUCCGCGACCGCAAGCGCUUCCGCCCCGCCCUCAAGCUUUCAGAGACCAUGGCCAGAAGAGGUAUGAACUUAACUCUCAGCGAUCAAGCUAUAUGUCUAGAUCUUGUAGCCAAAGCCAGAGGCAUUGUUUCUGCUGAGGAGUAUUUCAUCAAUCUCCCAGAACCUGCUAAAAAUCACCUUACAUAUGGUGCACUCCUGAACUGCUACUGCAAGGAAUCAAUGACGGACAAGGCUGAGGCCCUCAUGGAAAAAAUGAAGGAACUGAAGUUUGCCUCAAGUCCUAUGGCCUAUAACAGCUUAAUGACCCUCUACACUAAAACCAACCAACCAGAAAAGGUUCCUAGUGUUAUACAAGAGAUGAAGGCUAAUGAUGUGUUGCUGGAUUGUUAUACUUACAAUGUUUGGAUGAGGGCUCUGGCUGCCAUCAACGAUAUCUCUGGUGUUGAAAGAAUCAUAGAAGAGAUGAAAAGGGAUGGGCGGGUUACUGCUGAUUGGACUACUUAUAGUAAUCUAGCAUCCAUUUAUGUAGAUGCUGGCAUGUUUCAGAAGGCAGAAGGGGCUCUCAAAGAGCUUGAGAAGAGAUGCACGGAUCAAGAUCUUGGAGCCUAUCAGUUCUUGAUCACAUUGUAUGGCCGAACUGGCAAUCUAGUUGAAGUGCACCGUAUCUGGCGUUCUCUGAAGCUGGCACAUCCUAAGAUGGCAAACAUAAGCUAUCUAAAUAUGAUUCAGGUGCUGGUGAAUUUGAAGGACUUGCCAGGUGCUGAAGCAUGUUUCAAGGAAUGGGAAGCCAAAUGCUCAACAUAUGAUAUCCGGGUGGCAAAUGCAAUGAUUAGAGCUUAUGCUAAAGAGGGCAUGUUAGAUAAGGCUGAAGCUGUUAAGAAGCGUGCAAAGAUGCGAGGCGGAAGACUCAAUGCCAAAACAUGGCAGAUAUUCAUGGAAUAUUAUCUGAGUAAAGGUGAUAUGAAAAUGGUGCAUUUGUGUGCUGACCGUGCAAUUAAGAAGGGGAGAAGCCAUGGUAGGGUUUGGGUCCCACCUCGUGAGGUGAUCCUGGCUAUAAUGGCGUAUUUUGAGGAGAAGAAAGAUGUUGGAGGUGCUGAAAAGUUCAUUGAGCUUCUACAGAAAGUGGAGAAGGAUCUGGGGGCAGAGAUAUUUGAGGCCCUUGUAAGGACAUAUUCUGCUGCUGGGAAGAACAGCCCAGGGAUGCGGAGGCGGUUGAAGAUGGAGAAUGUGGUUGUGAGCAAAGCCACUGAAAACUUGCUUGACACUCUGUGUGUGGAAUGAUCUAAUCUUUUCAUAAAAUAAAGUUGAGGAUACUACAUUUUUCCAACUUAGCAACUGAUUAUUUUGAGGUGUAUUCAUUUCAACCUAAAUCAAGCUUUUGCUCCCAAUGUUUUUUGUGAUGUUGUAUCCAGUUUAACUUUCCAGUUAUAAGUUCUUAUAGAUUGUAUGCACAACACUUUUAACUUCUAAUAUAUCAAUAUUGGGCACCUCUUAUUCUGUCAA